CCCCGGCUUAAAGCAGAGAAAAAGCCUUUGUCACCCUUUUCCGUUAGUUUUGUGCGUGUCCAGUGUCUCAUCUGGACCUCAUCUAAAGAUAUGUUUCUCUGUAAACCCGUGUUGAUGUCCUUCGCUGUGCGUCUUCGGCGGGUUGCAGCAGUGCUGUGAGCUUUAGGCUUAGGAACAGCUGUGGGAGAAGGGGAACUCUCACUGUCCAGGAUACAGUGCAGAUUUUUACGGUAAGGGAAGAGGGGAGGGGGUGAAGAAGGGAGGGGAGGAGAGCAGGAGAUGGGGGAAGACAUCACUGCCUCCCCAACCACCACCACCACCGCCAAAGGAAACACUGUAAUCUCAAGGAACAUCAACGAAUUCCUCAGGAAUCACCGCGAAGGCAGCCGCCAUACAUUUCAGCGUCGUUAAUUCGGAUUAUCCGACAUUGUUUCUUUGUAAAAACCGACCAAUCGCGCGCAGCACCAGCAUAACCAGCCUGUCCUACAUUUCGCUUUUAUUUAUUUAUUUUUACGUUCGUGCGCACGCGAGCGAUUGGAUGUAUUUUUUAUUAUUAUUAUUAUUUUUGCCUGUUUAGACGCUAAAUAGCUCCGUGGUCGUUCGCUGGGGGAAAAAAAAGCGUUUCGGGGCGGAGAGAGACGGAUGCGGGCGGACAUUGUGAUCCCUGAUAAUACAGAAGAGAAGAGAUGCUCCACGGGGAUUAUUUUAAACCUCCGUGUUGACCUCUCAUCCCAACCCGAGGAGCGGGGACGAAAGCGAUUGUGCUUCGGCGAUUCCCAGAAGCCAAAUACGGAGAAAUAAAUGCUGCCAAUUACAAUUUAAAGCACCGGGGAGAGAGGGUUAUAAAUAGCAGAGCGAAGAGGAAAUGGAGCGUUUUCUUCGUGCGUGGAUGAGGAAUGUCGCGAUCCAUUUACACUGACAGACAUCUCAUGUGCCUCGAAAGAGCUGUUUUAUGGUUUAACCGCUGUAGUAGCGAUUGACGGUGAAUUUGUGUACAAUAUGGGGAGCGACAGUGAAAUACUGAACCGGGAGCUGUCAAAGAUGUCCGAUGAAGACUUGCUGGCUUGUUCCAAGGAAGAGCUGGUGAGUCGACUCCGCAGAGAAGAAUCGGAAAAGAUGUCCGCUCUCAUACAGCGCGGUCGAUUAAUCAAGGAGGUCAAUAAACAACUGCAGGGACAUCUGCUUGAAAUCAGGGAACUCAAAGUCAUCAACCAGAGGCUGCAGGAGGAGAACCAGGAACUUCGGGAUCUGUGCUGCUUUCUGGACGACGACCGCCUGAAGGUGAAGAAGCUGGCCCGUGAGUGGCAACUGUUCGGCCAUCACGCUGCUAAAGUGAUGCGCGAGGACCUCGGAGGAUACCUCAAGAAGCUCGCCGACCUGGAGAGGAUGCAGGACGGCCUGGUGAAGGAGAACCUGGAUCUGAAGGAACUUUGUUUGGUGCUCGAGGAAGAGUGCGUGAGCAGAAGUGAUUCCAGCCCGGGCGGCUCCACGGAUCUCAAUAUACCGUGCAUGGUGGCCCGGGACGUGGGCGACGGGAGCUCCAGCACCGGGAGCGUUGGCAGUCCAGACCAGCUGCACUUGGUGUGUUCACCUGAUGACUGAAGGAGAGGAGCAGAGCCAUAUUACUUUACCCUUCUCUCUCGAUGCUGAGACUUUUUAUGUCUACUAAAGUAGUUUACAUUUUCUGACAAUGACAUCUCAGCUAUUUCGGUGGAAAUAGACCAAGACUUCUAAAGUAGGCUAGUUUACUCAUGGCCUUUUGAUGCCAUAAAUACAGUUUCUCUAUAUUUCAUUGAUUAACAUUUUAUAGUUGGCAGACCUUUAACACUUGAGUGAAAUUAUUGGGUGCCAGGCAAAUCAGAAUUAUUUUUAAGCUUUAAAGGAAAUCCAGCUUAAAGGCACAGUUCACGCAGAAAUGAAAGUUUCUUCUUAAGUUACUCCCCCUGAUGUCGUUCCAAACCUUCGUGACUUUCUGCUGUGGAAUGCAAAAGAAAUUGUGUUGAAUGCAUUUUUGCCUAUUGCUACAAAUAUACCCGUGCAACUGGUUUUGAGGCCCAGGGUCAUAUAUUUUAAUGGUUUACCUGCAUGUUAGGGAACCCGUAACAUCAUGCGGGUUAGCUGUUAAAUUAUAGAAAUGUUAACUAUGGAUUAACUAAGUUGUUCAGCUACAUGGCUAAAAUAAAAGGGAGGGGGUCACUUGUAUAUGGACAAAAACACUAUGGCAUUUUUCUGAAUAUCUUCUUUUGUGUCCUUCAGAAGAAAGUCAUACAGGUUUGCAAUGAACGUGAAUAAAUCAACUUUGAUUUAUGUUUCUAUUAAGAUGGUAGGUUUAUUUUUUGGAAGAUGACGACUGGUUUAUACCUGGUCUAAGCUAGUCGAAAACUAUUUUGACCAAGGUGACCAGUUGGUCCAAAAUUGGUCUAUUGCAAGCUUGAACUUUCCACGAUGUUCAAAAGCUUCUGAUUUCCCAACAGGCCUAUUUAUUGUAUUAGUAGCAUUAUUUGAAUUGUAUGAUUUUCCAAGUGUUGCAAGAAUGUUUCCUAUCAUCUCCUAUAAGGGUUGUAGAACAAAAAAAUUUAGUUUUGGGAUCGACAUUUUAAACAACAUUGGGAGAGACUAACCAUAUUGCUAACUUAUACCAGGUUUUACUGUGCACUGAUCCGUUCACGGGCUGAUGUUUCUCCUACGAUGCACUAUGACAGGGCUGCAAUGAAUCUUGAAUCUUUAGAGAUUCACAUUUUUACUGAUUAGAGCCAUAUAAUAUGUAGUGAUCUGUUUAAGAUCAUUUACAAAAAGCACUGAAUCAUUUUCAGCAACGGAGAGGAAAUGGUAGUAUCAAAGGAUUGUGGGAAAGCGAAGCCUCCAUUGAUCAGUUUUUUUGACGUAAUAUGGCUAUAUCACGGAGGCCCAAGAAGAUUCACUGGAAAUGCACGUUACUAGACCACUUUUCUACAAUAGGAGAUAGUUUUUUGUUUCAUGUUUAUUUUGAACUGGACAGUAUAAUUCACUAGAUGUAGUGACGUGUGCUCCACUAAACUAUGUUGCUGUGCUCUGCACUGAAUCCAAAAUGAACUAUCUUUUGCAUUAACCCCACUUUAACUACACAGCUGUACUGUACAAAGCUUUUUGUGUUCAGUUGUUGCUUUGACAUGACUUUAAUUAAUGCACACUGAAUUGACACUGAUGUUCGGAGGGGAAAACAUUGACAUGUAGUUUUAAAAUUAUUGUGCUAGAUAUUGUUAUUAAUAUAGUCAUUUUUGUUGUAUUUGCUGCAUACUACAAGACCCUCCUACAUAGGAUUGUUCCGUUGUACAUGUUUUAAAUCCAAAUAUAUGAUCAGUAUUAUUUCAAUGACUGCAGUUUUAUAGCUACAAGACCCAGCUCUCUGAUUGGUUAGCAUUUACUUUGUUUCAGGCUAUGCUCAUUGUGAGUGAGAUAGCUUUAAAUACACUUGACUGACACACCA